AUGGAUUCUGCCGUGUCUGUCUGCUCAAGUGAGGGCAGUUGCGGGAGCCUUGUCUGCCUGCCCAGUUCUUGCAACAUUUCUUCGUAUCCCCUGGACAACUGCCAAGAGACCUGCUGCGAACCUCCCUGCUGCAUGCCAUCCUGUUGCGAACCCAGCUGCUGCCAGCCCGCUUGCUGCAGCACGGUGUCCUGCCCACCCUCUUCCUGUGUGGCUCUCCUCUGCCGGCCAGUUUGCGGCGUGCCCACCGGCUGCCAGUCACCCUGUGGCCCCAGCCCCUGCCAGUUGGCCUGCGCCAGCUCCCGCUCACCAUCUUGUUGCCAACAGUCUUGCGGCCAAUACUCCUGCUGCCAAUCGGCUAGCUGCCAAAGCGAUUGCUGCCAAGACUCUUGCUGCAUCCCCGUUUGCUGCAAGCCAGUCUGCUGUGUGCCCACCCAAUGCCAAAGUGCCUCCUGUGGAGACUCUUGCUGCGACUCCACGUGUUGCCUCCCCUCUUCCUGCGUAUCCCUCCUCUGCGGCCCAGUUUGCUGCCGACCGGUCUGCUGCAUCCCGGUAUGCUGCAAGCCGGUUUGCUGCGUCUCCAGCUGUUGCGCGCCUGCCUCCUGCCAGCACGCUUGCUGUCGGUCCUCCUCUUGCAUCUCUAUGAUCUGCCGACCCACCCGCGGCCGGCCCGCUUGCUGCGGGGUCACUUCUGGCCAGAAGUCCUGUUGCUGA